UCCCGAUUUUAUGUGCACAUCGAGAUUUCCAUUAGGAUCAUGAACAAACUAUACAUUGGGAAUCUGAGCCCCUCGGUCACCGUCGAGGACUUGAAGCAGCUCUUUGACGAGAGGAAGCUCCCUCUGACCGAGCAGGUUCUGCUCAAAUCCGGCUAUGCCUUCGUGGAUUUCCCCGACCAAAACUGGGCCAUAAAAGCUAUUGAGGCUUUGUCAGGAAAAGUUGAAUUACACGGGAAGGUGAUUGAGGUAGACUAUUCUGUUCCCAAGAAAUUAAGGAGUCGGAAGAUACAGAUCCGGAAUAUCCCGCCUCACCUGCAGUGGGAGGUUUUGGAUGGCCUUUUAGCACAGUAUGGUACUGUGGAAAAUGUGGAACAAGUCAACACUGACACGGAAACAGCAGUGGUGAACGUCACAUACGCAAACAAGGAGGACGCUAAAGUGGCCAUUGAGAAGUUGACAGGACACCAGUUUGAAGACUACUCCUUCAGGGUAUCGUACAUCCAGGAUGUGGAUGCGGCCCCGCCCCCCCAGGCUCCACGCUCGCGUCGAGGGGGGCGGUCAUCGCGGGACCAGGAUGGCCCCCAGCCUGGUCCCUCAGCAAGCCUCGGGGGGUCCCGCCACAAGCUCCAGGACUUCCCUCUGCGCAUACUGGUCCCCACGCAGUUUGUCGGUGCCAUCAUUGGCAAAGACGGGCUUACCAUCAAGAACGUCACCAAGCAGACCCAGUCCAAGGUGGACAUUCACCGGAAGGAGAACGCGGGCGCGGCGGAGAAGCCCAUCACCAUCCACUCCUCCCCCGAGGGCUGCUCCUCCGCCUGCCGCAUGAUCCUGGACAUCAUGCAGAAGGAGGCCAGCGAGACCAAGGCUGCUGAAGAGAUCCCUCUGAAAAUCCUGGCCCACAACAGUCUCGUGGGGCGGCUAAUUGGGAAGGAGGGCAGGAAUCUGAAAAAGAUCGAGCAGGAGACUGGGACCAAAAUCACCAUAUCCUCCUUACAGGACCUGACCAUUUACAACCCGGAGCGGACCAUCACGGUGAAGGGGGGCGUGGAGGCCUGCUGCAAGGCGGAGGCGGACAUCAUGCGCAAGCUGAGGGAGGCCUACGAGAACGACGUCGCUGCUAUUAACCAACAGACCAACCUUAUCCCUGGUCUGAACCUGAACGCUCUAGGCAUCUUUUCCACCGGCCUGUCGGUCCUGCCCCCGGUAGCGGCACCCCGAGGAGCAGCGCCUGCGCCCGCUGCUGGAUACAGCCCCUUUAUAAGUCACUCGUCGCAUGUUGGAAGCCUGUACGGGGUCCCGCCUACCAGCGUCAUUUCCCACCAGCACUCACAGGCUCCUGAACAGGAGGUAGUGUACCUCUUUAUCCCGACUCAGGCCGUGGGUGCGCUCAUCGGAAAGAAGGGGCAGCACAUCAAGCAGCUAGCCCGCUUUGCUGGUGCCUCCAUUAAGAUUGCCCCCGCAGAAACUCCUGACGUCCCUGAAAGAAUGGUGAUCAUCACUGGACCCCCUGAGGCCCAGUUUAAGGCUCAAGGCAGGAUCUUUGGGAAAUUGAAAGAGGAGAACUUCUUCACAGCAAAGGAAGAGGUGAAACUGGAGACGCACAUCAAAGUCCCCUCGACUGCGGCCGGACGGGUCAUAGGCAAGGGCGGCAAAACGGUUAACGAGCUGCAGAAUCUAACCAGCGCUGAGGUCAUUGUGCCGCGGGACCAAACUCCAGAUGAGAAUGAUGAGGUCUUUGUAAAAAUUAUCGGGCAUUUCUUUGCCAGUCAGACAGCGCAGAGAAAGAUCAGAGAGAUUAUACAGCAAGUGAAACAGUCGGAACAGAAGCAUCAGCAGGGAGCUCCCACGCCGCACCACUCCAAGUGACCACCAGAGCGGCCCCAGCGAGCAUCAGCGAUCAACAGCCGAUGAAUGUAGCCCUUCCAACCGGGGAGAGACCGAGGGGGCGGACCAGUGGCACGGGGAACAAAACCAAAGAACUUUAUCGAGGAAUGUGUGAGCCAAAGGCUGCCAGUUCAGAGAGGGCGAGAGGAGGGGGGGGAAAGUGUAAAGGUGACAUUUGUAAAAGCAAAAUAGGGAGAGGACAAAAAGGCCAAGACAUGGUACCUGCUAUCUCUACUUACACAGUAAAGAGUUGACUUGCCCUGACUAACAUAGGCCUAAUGGAAAUAGUAAAAGAGAAAAACUGUGUUAAUGAAUGUUUACAAUGACGGGCAGGAAUGGAGGGAACUUUGGACAGGGUGAGGGGUCGUGGUUGAAAGGAAAUUUUUUUUAGACUGUUUUGACAUUCAGAUUGAUAUGCUUAGCAGUAUUAAUAUAUAUUAGAAACUAUACAUACAUACAUACAUGAGUACAGUGAGCUCCAUAAUGUUUGGUACAAAGACCUGUUAUUUUUUUCUUGAUUUGGUUCUGUGCUCCUCAAUUUUAGAAUUUUGAAUCAAAGUGCACAUUUUCAGCUUUUAUUAAAGGCUAUUUUUAUACACUUUGGUUUUACUAUGUAGAGUUAAGUUAAGCCAUUAUGAGGCUGAGAAAUAAGAAAACAAAAGUCAGCUGCACUGGCAAAACCUUAGGCCUAUAGAACACUGUUGGACUCAGUAAUUGCAAAGGGCCUGGUAGACCAAGGAAGACCUCUGCAGUUGAUGAUUGAAGCAUUCUAACCAUAACGAAGAAAGACUCCUGAACACUUGUCCAACAGGUCAGAAACACUCUUCAGAAGGCAGGCGUGCACGUGUUUAGUAACUAAAGUCCACAGAAUUCACAAACAGAGCUACAGAGGCUACACUGCAAGAUGUCAACCACUAGUUAGUUGCAAAAACAUGAUAGCCAGUUUCAGUUUGCUAAGAAGUACCUAAAAGUGCCUGAUGUAACUGCUAAUAGACAGAAGCAUAUUAUCUGUUCAAGUUCAAGCAAAUGCCUCUGAACUCAUUGGACGGUUCUUCAUCUAACAGCAAGACAGAGAACAUACUCAGCACCUGGUGAUGUCUAUGAGUCACAGACUUCAGGCAGUCAUUGAUGCAAAGGAUAUGCAACAUUAUGUCUCAGAAAUUAUGUCCUGAAAUGGGGGGACUAUUUAUAAAAAAGUGCUGUAAUUUCUACUUGGUGAAACUAAAAUGUAUAAAAUACCCUUAAAUAAAAGCUGAAAAUAUGCACUUUAACCAUAUGUGAAGUGUUUGAUCACUAAUCUAAAAGUAUAGAGCCAAAUCAACAAAAAAUAUGUCUUUUUUUUUGUUCCGAACAUUAUGGAGCUCACUGUAUAUGGGGAGAACAACAUUAAUGCUAUAACAAUAUAAUAAAAAUAAGGAACUAUAUAUAAACAUAUACAUAUAAAUGAGGAGAACAAAGUCUGUUUUGUCGUAGACUAAAGUGGGCUUUUUAGACUUGAACUGAAGUGUUCCAACGUGGGCAGUAGAGGACACAGCCAGCCAUUUAAACACAGACAGAAAAAGUAGGAAAUGUUCAUAGUCUUAGUGGAUUGUUGUGAAUCUUUGUCACGGAACCUGUGUGUGUGCCAACACAAGGGAGACAGUCCCUCUCAUGUCUUUUUGCUUAACCUCACUUACGUUUCUCACUGUCUCUUAGCUUCCAUUUCCUUCAUGACUUUCAGUUUUUUUCAGUGUAAUUUUCACUUUUCAAUUUUGACAGAAUGUCACUGAGCAGCGUUCUGAUAGCAACUUCCACUUUGGUCAGAAAGAUGAUUACCGGAAUAAUAUGAAAAUGGUACAAUACGUAUACACAUACACAUGCGUGUAUUGUGUAGGGACAUGAGAUUGAAAGCAAUUUCCAAAAUUACAGCCAAGAGAGAAAAUAGACAGAAAAAAAGAAAAAUAUACUGCAGUAAAACAAAGAUGUUAAGUUGGUGCAACUUUGUUUGAUAAGGAGCAGUUUUAGCAGAAUGUGCACCGCAAACACUGCCUUGUACUUUGCAUUGAAGUGAAAAAUGACUAGAAACUGUGACGUACGUACGUGUACAGCAGGGGGCGCAGUAGUGUAAACGUGGUCUGUGUUGCCACACGACUGCGCCUGGCUUUAAACCUCUCCAUCAGGGAGCAUUCUAAAAUGGCGUGACAGCUGUGAAUGUACGAUAUGCAGCCUUUAAAAAAAAAAAAAAAA